GGUAAAUUACAGAGAUUGAAGUGCACACGCUGCGCACAUCCGAGCACUAUUUGCAGACACGCGACUAUGGGAAGGAGUAUUUCUCGGUCGCCGUCUUACCCUAGGAGGAGAUCCUCUCGGUCGCGGUCACCCGUAAAUCACCGCUAUGCCAACCAUAGAAGCCGCCGGGACCAUAGCCGUUCACCUUACUCUAGCAGGAGAAGAAGUCGUUCGCCACCUUUAAGACACAGGAGAAGCCGUUCCCCUACACCCAAACGCCAUAGGAGAAGACAAAGUCGGAGUUCUUCCUUGGAUUCUCCAUCACCCAAGUCUCGUAGUCCUAGUAUUCAAUCAGCUGAUCUUAAAAGUGCAGUAGAGAAACUUAAAAAGGAAGAAGAAGAAAAGAAAAGACUUCAACUAGAGGCUGAGCUCAAGCAGUUAGAAGAGGAGACAGCAAACAGAUUGGAGGAAGAAAUAAGGAAAAGGGUUGAGGAGAAGUUGGCUUCUGACGAAGUUAAACUGGAAAUUGAAAAACGAGUGGAAGAAGGUCAGAGAAAACUGUUUGAGGAUGUUGAAGCUCAACUGAGAAAAGAAAAAGAAGAUGCUCUCAAUGAGGCAAGGCGAAAAGAAGAGCAAGCAAGGAAAGAGAGAGAUGAACUGGACAAGAUGCUGGAGGAGAACCGGAGGAGGGUGGAAGAGGCCCAGAGAAAGGCUCUCGAACUUCAGCGUAAAGAGGAUGACCGACUUCGUGAGUUGGAGCUCAUCCAAAGACAAAGAGGUGCUUGGCUUAGUAGAGAUAAGCAGCAGCAGCAGCUCUAAUUCGGUGGCUUAAUGAGCUGGAAUCUGUUUAUUGUACAACACUGGAAUCUAUUUGUUGUACAACUGACGCUCAUCUUUUUAAUAUAUAAAAGCAAAAGAAUUUUAGGAAUAGGGUUCCCGCUCAAAUAUGUCAACAUCAAGGCAAAUAGUAACAUACUCCCUCCGUCCCCUUAAGUUUGUCCCGUUUUACCUUUUUCGUCCGUCCCACUAAGUUUGUCUCAUACCAUAUUUGGUAACAUUUGAGUGGUUAGAAUUCAU